AAGUCAUGGACGGACUGCCCGGACAUGGAGGAGACGCGCACCAAGUUCGGCGUGUGCAGCUUGAACGGUCUGCUGUGGAUCGUGGGAGGGUUGGACUCAGAGGGAGAGAUUCUGAGAUCUGUGGAAGUCUUUGACCCUAAGGAUCGCGUGUGGGUGCGAGGAGCGGCAAGCAUGAUGUACGCGCGGCAGAAUCAUGCAGUCGCUGUGCUCAACGGGAGGAUCUACGCCAUGGGAGGCACCUUGGAGGACGGGAUGCCGACGGCUAGCGUUGAGAGUUACGACCCGGAGAGCAACACAUGGAGGUUGGAAGCUCAGAUGCUGCGGCCGCGAGAAGCGUUUGCUGCAGCAGUCUUCGAGCACUGCAUCUUCAUUUCAGGCGGCUACUCCUACACGCCCGACAUGGAGGACACAGUCGAGGCCUUCGACCCCUCCACCUUCCCCCCCCGCUGGAGCUCUGCGAGGAGGAUGUCGCGAGCUCGCGCCAACCACAAGCUCAUGGCGCUGCCGGAUCAUGGUUGCAUCCUCGCCCUCGGCGGUCAGACCAGGGAUGGAGUCGACUCCUCCAUCGAGCGCUACGAUCCCCAGCAGGAGGAGUGG